CUGAAAUAACACUUUAGGAAAAUUAUAGUAGACUGCGAAAUAUUUGCUCCAUCUCAUACAAUCCAAAAUAUGGAUUCCAUAAAGACCUUGACGAAAUUCUUUUAUUACUUAUUAGUGAAUGAUGUAGGCUGAUAAAAGGAGAAAACAUUCUAAAAUUUGUAAAGGAGGAGAAAAAGAUCAAUAUUGGCGCAUUAUAUUAGUAUGCAAAACAUUAAGGUAUUUUGCUUAAUGAUGAAUUGGCGAGUGAAGUAAAUUUUAAUGGUCUGCAGUUUGUGAAAUAAAAUCAGAACAAUCAAAUAAACUAGGAGAUCUUUUAAGAUUAUGCAUAUAGAUUCAUGUUAGAUACGCUUAAUUCUGGUUAACAUGAUGUCGCUUUAGUGAUGAAUUUAUUAUUAGCCCUAAAAAUUAGCUAAUAGGAUCUCUUUGAAUUGAAUUACCAGAACAUUUAAGAAGAAGACAAUUAUUGCAUCAUAUAUUUAUAAAAUGAGGAAAAGUUGAUACUUAAGAGAGAAAAUCUACUUCCUGAGUUAUAGAUGAAGUUUUGGGGCAAUAUUGGUAGUAUUUUUAAUGUAGUAGAAGGAUAGUAAUCAAAUAAGAGAAAUAAAAUCAAUGAAUAAUUCAAUGAAACUAGGAAAAUUUUGAUUAAUAAUUUAGAAAAGUCAGAAAAGGAUUAAACUUAUUAGAACUUCUUAUUAUAGAUAAAUUUAAACAAUUAUAAGAUGAUGGAUAAGACUAAUUUAAGAAUCUUCAAAUUAGCAGAUAAUGAUUUAUAAAAACUUUAAGAACAGAAGAAGGAGAUAUAGCAGUUGAAGCAAGCUAGUAAAUCUGAUUCCAAACAAGAAAAGGCUCUUUAAGAGAUUCCAAAUUAAGAAUCAAUAGAGGCUUAAUGUAAAUCCCAAGUUGCUAAUCAGAAAGUCUAACCUGUUCAACAAAUUUAGAAUAAGACAAAAUGAUGAUUAUGAAUAUUUAAAUAUCAUUAUUUUGUAA